GCACUAAUUGCUGAUUUUGAAGUGUCAGAAGGGAUAUAUUCUCGGGCAAGAAUUAAAGAAUCUGAUUCGGUGUGCCUAUGGCUUGGCGCAAAUGUCAUGUUGGAGUAUUCAUGUGAAGAGGCUACCAUCCUCCUUAAAAGAAAUUUGGAAAAUGCAAAAGCCAGCUUAGAAGUUCUGGUUGCGGAUUUGCAAUUUUUGAGGGAUCAAGUGACAAUUACUCAGGUCACGAUUGCCCGAGUAUACAACUGGGACGUGCAUCAACGUAAACUUAGACAAGCUGCCAGUCCAAAAGAAUCAUGAGAAACAUGUAUGUUGGUUGAUAGAAGUGGCGUGGUGCUCACUUUUGCUGCCAAGAGUACGAUUCAGAUCUUUCUUGUUCAUCAUUUUAGGUUGCUUCUUGACUCUCCUCUAGGAGGAUCCUGAAUUUGUUCAGACUGUCAGUUGUUUGGCUUGUACCAAUUUUGUAAGACAGCAAAUAUUUGUUGGUGAGUUCGUGCAUUUACUUGAUGGUUAGGAUCUAAAAUGUAAUGAUUCAAUUGUUGUGAGGAUUGUUAAAUCAUGGUAUCACCAUGUCUAUGUUGUUUCUAACGGAUUAGCCUUGUUUGAGCCAUUGUACUGCUGUAUAAUUUAAGCAAUACCAGGUCUUUGGAAGAUGCUGCCUACCUUAAA